UCUAUGACAUGGAUAAAUAAUUGUUCACAAUAUCAUAAAACAUGUGUUUUGAUGACAACAACUGAUUUUAUUCAAAUUAUGCCAAAUAUUCGAUAUGUUCAUUUAAUUGUCAACAAUAUCAAUAUUGACAAGCUAUUAGAUAUAAAUAAUUGGAAAGAACUUCACUCAUUGAUUACAAAAGAACAAGUGAUUAAAAUGGUUAAUGAUGUAGAUGUUAGUGGUGAUGAUGAUGAUGGUAGUGAUAUUAGUAAUUAUGACAUUGAUCUCAUCGAUCAUAGUCCUUUUCCUAAUGAUUGUCAAAAUGAAGUUCAGGGUAUUGAAUUUCUAUGCCAAUAUUUUAUGCAUCGUUACAAUGCUUGUCCAACUUUUUUGAUUGGUUCUCUUGAAGAAGCAUGUCAAGAAGCUUUCAGUUCAAUAAUAAUUAAAGAACGUCGUCCAGUUCUUGUCUACAUACAUCAUGAUAAAAACUUAUUAACAAAUAGAUUUUGUUGGAAUAUACUCUGUUCAGAAAUGAUUAUUGAUUAUUUACUUGAAAAUUAUAUUGUUUGGCCAUGGGAUAUUACAUUUGAAUCAAAUAGAAAUAUAUUGAUAAAAAUCUGGAAUAAGAUCUUUCCAAGUCAAACUUCGAUUGAUUUUUCUCUUGAACAAUGUCCAAUGCUUAUUGGUAUAAUGCGAGAAUCUUUAUAUAAAAAAGAUUCGUCAUCAACAUCAGAAUAUGAAUUUACAGUAUUAUUUAAAAAUGAAACUUUGACAAGUACUGAGGAGACAUUUAGUCUAAAAUCAAUACUCAACGAAUUGUCUAUAUUUAAAGAAGAAUGUGAUGAUAAUGAACAAGCUUUAUCUUUCGAUUUGAUUCAAAAAACUAAUCUUUCUUGGGAAGUUAUUAUUGAAAUAUGCAAAUAUCUCUCAUUAAAUGAUGCAAUUAAUGCAUUUUCUUCCAAUAUUUUAUUUUUUCUACUGAUUGGAGGUAUAUUAGAUGAUGAUGAAAUACAAGAAAAAGUACGGAAAUUACAACUUGAAUUUUAUUGUAUACGACCAGCAAUCAAAUUUCAAAUUGUAUACAUGUAA